AUGGCUGCUCAGCCGGAAGAAGCAGCCCAAACUGCAGGUCUAAAACAUCCCAGACUUGUAAGUAAGAAUAUGACUGCCACAGAAAUGAAGAGAAAUCAAGGGAGUGAUGAGCUGCCAUCUCUUAGUAAUUGUGCUCUGUGGAAAGAGUGCUUUUAUGAAAAGGUACAGCAGAGGUCUCUGAAUCUGCAGGAGAAAAAGGUGAAGAUGAUUCAGGCACAAAAGGCAAAAGAAGAAAAGGUAAAAAGGAGAGAACCCUGUGACUGGCUGUGCAAAGAGUGGUUCAGUGAUGAGAAGGAGUCACUGGAUACUCGCACCUAUUUGCUUGACAAACUCCUACCUACAUUAAUCCCAGGAGUGGAAAAGCUGUUAAUGCAAGUGGAAAGAAAGAAUGUGCUUGUACCAGACAAAGAACCGACCAAAUUUGACCCCAUUACUUUUCUUGGAGAAUAUCUGAUGAGACAUAACCCUCAGUAUGAUAUUUCUACAAAGCCAGGCCCCUACCUAAGAGGAAUGAAGAUGGUCACAGAGGAGCUGAAAAUUGAAGUGGCAGACACAGCACCAGAGAGGCUGGCCAGGAUGAAGGCUGAGGCAAAGACCAAACGUAAGGAAAGGGAACAGGUGGAAAAUAUGAAGUCUGAGCAGAAAGAGAUGAGGAAGGAGGCGCUGGCGAUUCAGUUCAAAGAGUGGACAGUGGAUAUCAGUGGCAGAAUACCAGUUGCACUGAUUCAGAGUGCACUGAGGUCUUUCCUGGAUGUCGUUGCUUCUGCUCCCAUGGAUGUGAGAGAAGCCAUCUAUGACAGGAAGCUGGAAAUCGUAGACACAUUGGAAAAAAAAGUAAACAUUGAUGAAUUCACAGAGUAUGUCCUUUCCUACACUGAAAAUUUUUCAAAUGACAUGUUCCAAGAAAUCCUGAAGCAUCUCCGUCAGUGUGCUCUUGACUUCCAAAAAGCCAUAAGGUGUGAUACGUGGAGGCAAAUGUUUACUGAUCUCUUCCUAGAUUGUGAUUAUGGAAAGGUUGGUCUCUUAGACAGACGAAAAAUACUUGCCCUGCUGGAAGAAUUCUAUGACAGAAGCCCCGUGAGUGCUAAGAAGAGAUUUUGUAACCCGAGACAGUGGCCAAUAAUUGAGCUGCAAGAGAUUGAGCUUGCAGAUUUAUGGGGAGACUUUCAUGACGAGGAAGUUUGUGAGGAACUCAAUGAAAAUUUAGUCUUGUCUCAAGCAGAGAUUUCCGAGAGAGAGAUUUUACCAUGUGAACCUGUAGGUGAUAAUAGCCAAGGCAGUUACGAAAUGAGCACUAGUGUCAGUGAAGGUCUUCUUGAGCAAAUGGACAUGAGUGAAGCUGAGACUGGAGGAACUUCUAAGGAAGAAAAACAAGCAGCAGAAUCAAAUGAUGCUGAGGAUGCUCCAGUUGCAGAGGCUGUGAAAGAAACUGCUGCAAGGAAAGAGAGUUUUCUUAGUGAGCACAGCGGCCAAUUUGGGCAGCAGACAAGCUCAGAGACAAGACUGCAAGACAAGGACCUGCAAGACCAGAGUAAAGACUUACAUCCCAUCAUGGCAGACAUUCAGAACCGUUGUACUUCUCGUGUUAGGAGUGCCUUUGAUGAAAACUGCCUCAACCUGCCACAAUUUGUUCAACUAAUGGAGACAUUUGUUGGUCAAGACAUUUCUCUGCCUACUGUGAAGAAUCUUAUUGAAUUUAUCAAAGAAGAAUACAAACAGACAGAAGAAUCAAAAAUCGAACAACUAGAAAAAGUUCGCCGCACCUCUCGCUUGGCCCAGCGAAAACUGCUUUUGGAAGCACUUUUUGAAAAGUGGGACAAGAACGCAUCUGGGUUUCUGGACCUGAAAGAGGUGGAUGCUGUUCUAAGCACGUUCAAGGAAGGAAUGGAAAAAGAGGCCUUGAGGAAGGCAAAAAGCCACUUCAGCUCACGUUACCCACAGUCUAGCAGAGUGGAGAAGCUAUCCCCAAAGGCAUUCCAGACUUUCCUUGAGCUAGUGGCUUCUGAGUUCACUGGGGAUGAAGAUGAAGUUAUUGAUAACAUUGUGGAAUUUUUGACUACAAGCGUGGAACGAAGCUGGAUGGAGUGCCUUCAAAGCUUGACCAGGAGGAAAUGGCUGCACAACAUCCAGCAAGCAGCUGAGACAAGCGGAGCAAGCAUGGAACCAGUUUACGAAGCGGUGUUUAAGGCCCUCUCCCAGGAUGCAGAAGCCCACGGGGAUAACAAGCAGAUCAGUGCAUAUAUUGCCCUUUUGGAAGAGAACCAGCUCUCACCAGAGCGGGGACAGAUUCUCUUACACUAUGUGGCGUGUACCGCAGAUGAUGCUCCAUAUGUUCUCAACCAGAUGCUGUACAAAGACAUGAAAGGAGUAAGCUUUGCAGCUGUUGAAGAGGGAAAACCAAUCCAUGUUCCAAGAGUUCAGCUCCACGGAAAUAUCCACUUCUGGAACUAUGACCGUCCAGUUGAGGAGAGAAGAGGUUCACUCCUGGUACUGCCAUUACAAGAUGCUCACUGGAGAGUCUUUGGCAUUCUAGGACUUGAUACUCUUCGGGACCAGAGUGAGAAAACCAUCUUUCUGACCCAUGAGAUCAGUUUCUGCCAGGGAGUUUCCCUUGCAUUCAGCAAAGCCUACCAUCAUGUGUGCACACUAGAAAACGUUCUGCAAAUGACCCGCACUGCGCUGGACUGGCUGUAUCCCAGAGUGCCCAGCAUCCACACUGUUAUUACAUACCUGGUGGAGCCUGGCAAAGAUCAGACAUGUGACUAUGCUCUACGUAAAAUGAUUACUACAGAUAAUACAGGACAAAAAGAAAUUCAUACUUCUGCUGUUCUUUUACUCAGAAAAGAAAACCUUUUAAGAGAUUACCUGUUUAAGUGCAUAGACACUUCAGAAGUCGUUCGCACUUCUGUCUGUGGAGAAUACCACAUUGCAGUACCUCUCCGUGACCUAUCGAGACAAGCUCUUGGGUUAUUUGAUAUCAGCAUCGGACACCACCAGAAAUUACCUCCUCAUGAACGUAAAGACCUGCAGAAAAUGUUGAAGAUGGCCCAAGCUGCCUGCUGUGAGAUACUGAAGAUACCUUCAGAGGAAACAAAACCAACCUAUGUACUAGAGGCAGAACACAUGAAUUUGAGGCAUGCAGGAAUUCUUUUCCACCAGUUCAUGCUGCAGGACCUACGUGAGUGUGUCCAGAAACUCAAUGCUGAGAGCUUUGCUGAAAUAAAGAGCUAUGAAGAACCACCAGCUCUAGUACAUAACAUAGUUAAGGCUGUGCUGUUGCUUUUCAAUCCAAAGUGGAAGGGCUCAGAGAAGAUUGAGAGCUGGAGUCAGUGUGUACUGAAUCUUGAUGACAAUUUGAUUCAGGAGAUUUAUUGCUUUGAUCCAACUGCUUCAUCUGUGCAAGUUCAAGGAGAGCUGCUGCUGGACUGUAUUGGUGGUGUACCUAGAGCAGAGGUGUGGAAGCAGGGCUCAGUUCCAGCCGAGUACCUGUACAACUGGGUGCACACCUGCUUGUCACUGAUGGAGAUGACGAAGAGCCUACAGAAUAAAAAAGCUCCAGCUUUCACCAGCAAAGUCUAG